UCCCUGCCUCGCUCAGAUCCUCCAGCUCUCCGGAUCUCUGGGUGCAGAUCACAUUCUCCCAGACUCCUGAGCCCUGGGUCCAGCCAUGGGUCCCUCCAGCAUCUUCCUGUGCAUCCUGUUCCUCUGUGGGGCACUGGGUCUCACCACGCCCCCGUCCCCUGCCCGAGGUCGGCUCCGCUGUUACACCUGCAGCUUUGCCAAACCCUGCUACCCGGUUCCCACCGAGUGUCAGGAGGACGAAGCUUGUGGCAUCAGUAUUGGCACCUCAGAGCAGAAUGAGAUCAUCGAGCGGAAGGGCUGCCUCCCACGGGCCCAGUGCCCUCUGCGGGGCCAUGCCACCUACUGGUCGCGCUCCUACGCUCUGCGGCACCACUGCUGUGAGCAGGACCUGUGCAACACAGCCACCACGCUGCGGCCACUCCCCAGCCCCCUACUCGCCGCCCUGCUCCUCCUUGCAGCCAGCUUCACCUGGGGAGGCCCCCUCCUCCGCUGGCUUCAAGCCAAUCUGCAGCCUUCAACCCAGGACUCUGCCCCCCUCCUCACCGCCCUCGAGACCCCUGCAUCUGAGAUAUGCCCAAGAACCUGAUUCUGUAGAGAACUCCGAUUCCCAGCCUCACACCUUCCCAGACCCCUCCCAAGGUCUGGUUCCUGUGGGCACCACUCUAGCCUGGAUAGGCACCUGCCCAGAGCCCCGCCUCAUAAACAAUAUCUGUUCUAGGUCUUUUGUCUUUUCUAGAUGCCCACAGCUGAUGCCCUAUCUCAGCUCCAGGUCUUGGUCAAGGCAGGCAGUUUAUUGAAGCUGGGGGUCCCAGGCAAGGGGAUUGAAGGGGCAUCAGGUAUGGUGAGGAGGACAGUCUUGCUAGGAAAGAUUAAUUUGGCAGUUCGGGAACUCAGGAAGGAGGUUCUUGGGGGAACUGUGAAGAGUAAAUUUAAUAAAAGUGCUAUCUGAGAGUCUAGGA